AUGAGUAACAUUCUGGCUUCGCUAACUUCACAACGUGGAAGCCUUUGGGACAUGCGACGUCCAGGUGGUCCGAUUCUUGAAUUUGCCGAGAUCGGAGCUGGAGGUGACUGGGCGGAUCUUUGUUGGAAACCAGAUGAUUCAUCUACGUUGAUCAUGUGCAGUCAGCUGGCACUAACUCCUGGCGUGCAGAAAUGGGAUCUUCGCUACCCGACGAUGCCGCUGAAAGAGUUUCAUGUGCAUGAACGAGGAGUGACAGCCAUAGAUUGUCUGUAUGGUGCCUAUAUUCUUGAUGAGACAAAUGCAAAUCCCCAGCCGCGCAGCUCGCCUGGCUCGGCAUACACAGCGUGA